AUGAUACGAACAGUAUCGAUUGAUACUAAAAAGAGAUUAAGUCAAAAUUAUCGACAACGUAAACAAAAACGAUUAACAUAUCUUCUUUUAUUUGUAACAUUUUUAUUUGUAUUAUUAACAACACCAGUUAUGAUUUAUAAUGUUUUUUUAAGAAAUUUGUUAAUUGACAGAAAACCAUUGAAAUAUAUUUUACAAGGUAUACUUUUAUCUAUGCAAUUUACAAGUCAUGCAAUUAAUUUCUUUGUUUAUUGUUAUGGUGCAUCAAUAUUUCGAUAUGAAUUAAAUGAAUUUCUAACAAGUUCUAUAUUCAAAAGAUCUUAA